AUGAUACGAAUUUAUUCGGGCGGAGUUAUUCGAAGGUUGUUCUAUAAAUAUGUGCCAGUGAUAUGGGCGGCGCCGCCGCGCGCGUGGCUGGCGUGCUCGGCCGCCGCGACGCCGCGUCGCCCCCCGCCGCCCCUCGACGAGCCCCACGGCCGCCUGAGGCCCUACUUCUGGCGGCGGGACGGCGAGAGCUUCAGCGCUAAGAGGUUGUCCUCGAACGGGACCCUGGAGGUGUCCCGCAAGCGUGAUGGGGGUGGCGACGGGGUCUACCAGUGCGGGGUGCGCCACCAGUCCGGCAUCGUGCUGGGCAACCCCCUUCAUCUCAAGUUCGCAUUAGCAUUAGACAAGCAUUUAAACAGAAUGGGACUAUCGGAGAACCCUUCUGUAGAUUCUGCGGUGAUGACGAGGAUACAAGGAGGACACGGAAAUCCCGCU